AAGAUUAUCAAAACUGUAUAAGUGUACAGUGAGCUUCUUCCUCAGAGUCACUUUGAUUGUGUAUGUAUGAAGCAGAAGAAGCCAAGAUGUCUCCUGGGACUUUCCUAACACUUCUGGCUGUGUCCUCAGCUGUAUUUCUGGUGACUGAGGCAGACGUGGAGUCUGAGGCGAGGGAGUUUCUGAAAAGGUUUGAACAGAAUGCCACUGACAAGGUGUACCAGAGCUCAUUGGCAUCAUGGAACUACAACACCAACAUCACUCAGGAGAACGCAGACAAAGUGUCAGAACAGGGGAGGAUUUGGAGCACCUACUACAGCCAGAUGUCAGAGGAGUCGCUCAAAUAUCCCAUCGACCAAAUUAAAGACCUGCAGAUGAAAUUACAGCUCAUCUCUUUACAAGACAAAGGCUCGGGUGCUCUCACCCCGGAUAAAGCUUCACGUCUCAAUGAGAUCCUGAAUGAGAUGAGCACAAUCUACAGCACUGCAACAGUCUGUCUGCCCGACAACCCAACUAAGUGUGAGACUUUGGAGCCAGAACUGGAGAAAAUUAUGGCCAACAGCAAAAGCUACUCAGAGCGUCUCCAUGUGUGGGAAGGCUGGAGGAAAGAGGUGGGGAAGAGGAUGAGGCCUUUGUAUGAAGAGUACGUGGAUCUGAAGAAUGAAGCAUCCCAACUUAAUGGCUUUAAAGACUAUGGAGCUUACUGGAGAUACAAUUAUGAGACCCUGGAGGACGAUCCUGAGUUCAAGUACACCAGGGAUCAGCUGAUGGAAGACGUUCGUUCAAUUUACAAACAGAUCCUGCCUUUAUACAAGGAGCUGCAUGCCUAUGUGAGGGCCAAGCUUAUGGAGGUUUACCCAGAGUACACUGACUCAGAGGGACCCCUGCCCGCCCACCUACUUGGUGACAUGUGGGGACGAUUCUGGACCAACCUGUAUAAUAUGUCAAUCCCCUAUCGUGAGAAAGAAGACAUUGAUGUCAGCAACACUAUGGUGGAACAGGGCUGGGAUGAAAUGCGUUUUUUCAAAGAAGCAGAGAAGUUCUUUAUGUCUGUGGGGUUAUACAAGAUGUUUGACAACUUCUGGACUAACUCCAUGGUGGUGAAGCCAAACGAUGGAAGGGACGUAGUCUGUCACCCCACUGCCUGGGACAUGGGAAACAGAGAGGACUUCCGGAUCAAAAUGUGCACCAAGGUCAACAUGGACGACUUCCUCACUGUGCACCAUGAGAUGGGUCACAACCAGUACCAGAUGGCGUACCGCAACCUGUCCUACCUUUUGAGAGACGGGGCUAACGAGGGAUUCCAUGAGGCCGUCGGAGAAAUUAUGUCUCUCUCUGCUGCCACGCCCAAACACCUGAAGAGUCUGGGACUUCUCUCUGAAAGCUUCACUUAUGAUGCUGAAACUGAGAUCAACUUCUUAUUAAAACAGGCCCUUACCAUCGUGGCCACUCUUCCUUUCACCUACAUGCUGGAGGAGUGGCGUUGGCAGGUGCUUGCAGGGAAUUUCUCCAAAGAUGAAUGGAUGAAGCGCUGGUGGGAGAUGAAGAGGGAUCUGGUGGGAGUUGCUGAGCCAGUAGAAAGAGAUGAAACGUACUGCGAUCCACUCGCUCUGUUUCAUGUAUCUGGAGACUACUCCUUCAUCAGGUAUUUUACCAGAACCAUCUACCAGUUUCAGUUCCAGAAAGCGCUUUGUAAGGCAGCUAAUCAUGUGGGUGAUCUGUCCUCAUGUGACAUCACUGGUUCUAUGGCAGCAGGAACCAAGCUGAGAGAUAUGUUAGAAUUAGGGAGAUCUCAGUCCUGGACCAGGGCUUUGAAAACCAUAUCCGGAGAUACAAGAAUGGAUGCUACUGCCUUGUUAGAUUACUUCCAAAAACUUUAUGACUGGUUGAAGGCAGAUAACCUGAAAAACAAGAGGACUGUGGGCUGGAAGAAAGCAGAUCCAUCUUCAGAACAAGCCAUUAAAGUGAGAAUAAGUUUGAAAGCUGCUUUGGGGGAAGAUGCUUAUCCCUGGAAUGAAAACGAGAUGUUUCUCUUCAAGGCCAGUGUUGCUUAUGCCCUGAGGCAGUACUACAGCCAAAAGAGGCAGACACUUCUUUUCACAUCGGAGAACAUUUUCACGUUUGAUGAAACACCAAGGAUCUCCUUCUACAUGAGGGCCUCAGAGCCAGGAAACCCCUCUGCCUAUAUUUCCACAUCUGAUUUGAAAGCAGCCAUCAGGUUAUCUCGAGGUCGAAUCAAUGAAGCCUUCCAGUUAGACGACCAAACUCUUGAGUUUGAAGGUAUCCUGCCAACGCUGGCCCCGCCUGUUAAACAGCCAGUGGAGGUUUGGCUGGUGGUAUUUGGUGUCGUCAUGGGCAUCGUGGUGCUGCUGGGUGUCUACCUCAUCAUAUCUGGUGUCAGGGAGAGGAAGAAGAAACCUUUGAAGACACCUAUAGAGAAUCCUUACAGCAUAGAUGUUGAUGGAAUUAGUAACAAUGCCUAUGAUAAUAGAAGUGAUAGCAGUGAUAGCAGUGAUAGCGCUGAUAGUAAUGAACAAACUGGACUUUAAGGAGCCAAAGACGGGAUGACUGCUUUUGACUCGGGGAGCUUAAUCUCAUGGUCAUUUUGGUGUAAUCUUUAUUUGCAUUCUUGUACUUGAUAAAUGUAAAUAUCUGUGAACCUUUCAGUAUUGUAAAUAUCCUUGGUUAUAAAAACCAGGACAUAAUAGACAAAUAGUGUAAUAUUUACCAACAGCGUACCUAAAUGGUGUAAUAAGAUUGAUACAUAGUUUAUUUUAGUUUGAUAAUGCAAUUUCUGCCAAUGGGACAAUUUAUAAAAUACCAAUGCAAUGAAGGUGUACAUAUAAUUUUAUGGUACUUAAAAGCUGCAGACAAAGUAGGAGAAUUUAUUUGAAAUUUGUAUAUUAUAUUAAAGGGUUUUACUAGUUAAACUUCACCCACUGGGAAUCCGCUGCGAAAGCUAAAAGUUUUAACUCUAACAUGUCUUUUUGCAUGUACUUUUUUUUCUUACUUUUUACUUUUCUACAGGAAAUUAUUUUUUUAAUUUUUAUUAUAGUACCUUCAAAGUUGAGCUACGUUAUUGGCUGAUAAGCAAAUUUUAUAACACAUAUUCUUAGACUGAGAUUAGUCUAAAGAUUUUAUUUUAUUUCACAAAUUCGAUAGUUGUUUUAGAGUUUUUAGGCCUCUGCUCAGAAUAAUACAAGUGCAUUGUAAUUGAAACAUAAGAACUUUAAGAUCACAUUGAGAAAUGUAAUAAAAAUUGGAGUUAAAUAAAGUUAUGUAUUAACUUAUGAUCAUAGAAUAAAAAUGUAUUUUUUCCUGGUU